ACACGAUCUCACUCUAAACCUGAGAGAGAGAGAGAGAGAGAGAGAGAGAAAGAGAAGAGAGAGAGAGAGUCAGAUCUGCAGUUCUCUCCAGAACCACACAGAUUUCUCUGCCCUCGAGUGCAGGUGUGUGCUGACGGACAACAUCAUGUUCAAACGUUCACGGUGAUUCGACCCGUGAUUCCACACCAGGCCACCCCAUGCCAGCCCGUAACCAUGACGAGCACUCGCCCCCUUGAACCCUUCCUCCGUCGCCCGGCGACUGCUUGACUGGAUGCGUAACCCCAACUCCGGUGAUGUCAUGCACAGGUUUGAGGUUCUUGGGAUUGUCGGGGAAGGUGCUUACGGUGUCGUCCUGAAGUGCAGACACAAGGAGACAAAUGAAAUUGUGGCCAUUAAGAAGUUCAAGGACAGUGAGGAAAAUGAUGAGGUGAAGGAAACAACCAUGCGGGAGCUGAAAAUGCUCCGUACACUCAAGCAGGAGAACAUCGUAGAGCUGAAGGAGGCGUUUCGGCGGCGGGGGAAACUCUACCUCGUUUUUGAGUAUGUCGAGAAGAACAUGUUGGAGCUGUUGGAGGACAUGCCCAACGGUGCUCCACCUGACAAGGUUCGGAACUACAUCUAUCAGCUGAUCAAAGCCAUUCACUGGUGCCAUAAGAAUGAUAUUGUCCACAGAGAUAUCAAGCCAGAAAAUCUCCUCAUCAGUUCUGAUGACGUGCUCAAACUGUGUGACUUUGGUUUUGCUCGGGAUCUCUCAGAGAGUACUGAUGCAAACUACACUGAGUAUGUUGCGACCAGAUGGUACCGUUCGCCAGAACUGCUGCUGGGGGCUCCAUACAGUAAGGCGGUGGACAUGUGGUCAGUCGGGUGUAUUCUGGGUGAGUUGAGUGACGGUCAGCCUUUAUUUCCGGGUGAAAGCGAGAUCGACCAGCUCUUCACCAUCCAGAAGGUUUUAGGACCCCUGCCACCUGAACAGAUGAAACUCUUCUACAAUAACCCACGAUUUCACGGGCUAAGGUUUCCCUCAGUAAGUCAUCCCCAGACUCUGGAGAGAAGAUAUCUUGGAAUCAUCAGCCCUAUCUUGCUUGACCUCAUGAAGAACCUGUUGUUGUUAAAUCCAAAUGAACGCUUCCUGACAGAGCAGAGUCUGAAUCACCACGCCUUCCAGACCCAGCGCCUGACAGAGCGACCUGGCCCUCUCACACCUACACCCGUCCGCUCCUCCAAGAGAAAACCUCUUAUUGACAACAGCACCUCCAACAGGGGCCAUGGAGUAAAGAGUACAAGUCACCAUCGCUCCAAUAGUCGCGACUGUUCCAGUCUGCCUCGCCACGGUCACGAAGACCUACAUCCACCCAGCACUGAGGCAUUUUUUAACGGGUCAGUACUUAACGCCAACAGCCUGAGUCCAGUUAUGCAUCCCAAAUCCUUUCAACCGCUUAACCGCUCUGCAUCAUGCGGUAAAGACCUGGCAAGUCUGCAACAUGCCAAGGAGGCCAAAUCGAAAGUUGCCGACUUUGACUUUGGCAAGCCGACAGACGGCCCCGGGGCGAAAUACCUGAAAUCAAACACACCUCGUACCCAAAACCGCCACUCCUUUGUGGAGGGCAAAACUAGUACGUUGAUAGGCGACAAAGAGAAACACAGUCGUCAUGGUUAUGGCGACUCUGCAACAUCGUCCUCAGGCGGGAAGGGGUCGUCGUCAUAUCUGAGUUUGUCAAAGAGUCACGGCGUGCUUAGUGACACGAAAUCCGUGAGCAACCUCAGCGACAUGUGCCUGCACCCAGAUGAACCUGGUGGAUCUCCGCGAUACUUCCCCGGCAGUUGCCUGGACCUCAACAUAAACUUGCCGACGGCAGGCAGUCCAUCCCUACAACAUAGCGACCGAUCCGGACUCAGUCCUGCCUUGGGGCGUCGAGGCAAACUGGAGCGUGACGGAAGUAUGGUGGAGACUUCCGUCCGCCGUUCCUCAUCACGGCAAAAGAGCCAACAACAAAAUGACAGUAAUGCAGCUGAUGCGCUUGACCCUGGAGGUGGAGGAGGUCUUUCUCUCUCAUCGCCCCAUGAGUUCCCCUAUGGCGUGGGCUACACCAGCCCAUUCUCCUCCCAGCAGCGGCCGCACAGACAUUCUAUGUAUGUCAAGCGGGAACGGGGGAGACCCCAUGGGGUUGAGGGGGGUGGUUUAACGGUGGGACAGGGGAUACCCACCAGGGCCAGCAGUCUGCAGCUCCUGACUCCUCAGUUGCAGCAUCGUACCCUGCCGAGACACACGGGCAGCUCUGCUUCACGUGACGCAGGAUUAGACAACAUCAGGAGCGACCCAACGGCUGCUGAAGUCAGCCACACGCGACCUUUAAUCCAGGAGUCCACACGGGACAACACCGCCGCCUUUCACACGCCACGGCAAAAAAGCGAGGGAGGUGUGUAUAAUGAACAGCUUGCAGAUGACAGUGGAUCAGCCAAAGAGAACCGCAUGAUGUACAGUGAAUCUGUUCCACGCCGGGUUGGGAGCUUCUACAGAGUACCGUCACCCAGACCUGAUAACUCCUUCCUCGAGAGUUCAGGGGUCAUGGUGGACAGCGGCCAUAACAUACACCAACAGCCCUAUGACCCCUGGGCGGGGUCUGAGCCGCUGGAUAUGAGUCCACCAGAACCGUCCAAAGAAAAGGAGAAACAUGGAUUCUUCAGAUCCAUGAAGAAAAAGAAAAAGAAGACACAAACUACAGCCGCCGGUGACGAGCGAGUUCCCGUCACAAGGAAACCUCUCUUUCCUCUUUGUCUCUCUCAGAGGAGCAUCACGCGCAGCUCCUCUGAGAGAAGACGCCCUCUAGUGGCCACACCAAUGGUGGCGAGCGAGGGGCCGGAUCAGGCGUUGAUGCAGAAAUCACUGCGGUCGUACGGCCAUCAGGGCAGCAGACAUCGCACGCGGAGCAGAGACAGAGAACGCAGCCGCGACAGAGAGCGAGAUCGCGACCAAGAUCAGGACAGAGAGCGUGACAUGGACUGGCCCACCGAGAGGACACCUGAUACUCACUCACAGCCUCUCAAGUCUUUGCGGAAACUUCUUCAUCUCACCUCGUCCUCUAACCAGACCUCCACUGACCUCCACUACCCCCUGCCUACCCAGUCCUCCUCAAAAAGCAGCAGCUUCGUGGAGCCUCGCAGCCAUGGCAGCUCCAUGCAGCCCAAAGGCCGCCAGGCUGCGUAUCCGGGCCCCGGGCCCCUGGAGUCCACCUGGCACUCCACCGCUCUAGGUCGGCCAGAGGGAAACCCUUAUCCCGAACAGCUGACCUCCAAACCGGGUCCCAAUGGUUUCAGUCGUCACUUCCGCUCGCGUUUGCCAAACCUGAACGACCUGAAAGAGACUGCACUGUAAAUCUGACACACAGCGCCCCCUAAUGGGCCUUUUCUUCUUAUAUUUUAAAGGAAUAACUCACUCAAAAAUGGAAAUUUUGUCAUUUUUUUAAUCACCCUCAUGUCGUUUCAGACCUGUAUGAUUUUAUUUCUUCAGUGUAACACAAAAGAUGCUAGGAAGAAUGUUAGCCUGUCACCAUUCACUUUCACUGGAUCUGUUUUUUUUCAAUACAGUGAAUGGUGACUGAAGCUUUCAUUCUGCCUAACAUCUCCUUUUAUGUUCGCUAGAAGAAAAUAGUACGGUUUUGAAUAGAAAGAGAUUAAAGAGAGUAAAAAUAAUGACAGAUUUUUCAUUUUUGGGUGAAGUAUCCCUUUAAGGGUAGGUCUACAUGUCUCAAUCUUUAUUUUUGUUGUUUUAAAGUUUUAAUAUUUGAUAGCACUUCUUAUAUUAUUUAUGUACUUAAUUGUAUCUUUUUUGUUAUUGGAAAACUACAGUCUUAAGAAGAUUAUAUAUCUAUAUGUACAUGGAAAUAUAUAAAUGUAUAGCACUGUAUGUGCAGGCUUUAGUUUAUACUCUGGUUGUAGUAUAUAUUAUCUGAGUCUGCAAAGUAACUCACAUUUGGCUAAGCAGGUCAAAGGAUUAAUGUAUAGACGAUUUAUUUUAUAACUAUAGAAUAAGACUACAGUAUACUGUAUCUUAUGAUAUUGUCUUUGAGUAAUUUCUGUUUCCAAUUCAGUGGAAAUCAGUAGAUAUUAAGAGUAAUUAAGGGUAAGAAUGCGUUUGUUUGUGUGAUUAUAAGUACGUGUGCUUCCCAGAUUGCGCACAUAUGUUGCGCAUCAUCUGGAAAGCGAUGCAUUCUAUUUUAAAAGUCAUAUUUUUGCGAUUUUAGUUUUUAUUACCUGCUAGAUAUCACUGAAAUAGGUGCCAUGAAAAAUCACACCUGUCGCUGUGACAGACCCUGUAAGCCGCUGGGAGAAAUGGAAGUGGGCCUUGGCCAGUAGUGAUGCUGUUUUGAACCGAGUAAUGACUAGAUUGAACCGAUUCGCUAAACUUUGGUAGAUUAUCCACCUGUAAAGUAUGGGGAAAACUGUGAAAUGAGAACAAUGUUGUUAACAAAAUGGGAAAAAUUAUACUAUAUAAUUAUUAGGGCUGUCGAUUUAUCAUGUUAAUUCAGAAUGAUUAAUUAUCUAAAAAUAACGUGUUAAAGAAUUAACACAAUUAAUCCGUAGCGGUUCUAGCUUGUAUGGAGCUCUGGGCGAAACCCGCUUCAACAUGCCCCCAAAGUUGUUGACGGGGAGGUGGGGGGGGUAGGGGUAGGGUGGUCUGUGUGGGUGCCUCGUGCCGCCCCCCCCGCAAGAUACCGCCCUGGGCAACUGCCCAAGUCGCCCAUGCCUAAAUCCGCCACUGCAGUUAAUCAUGUCCCCAGACUGUAAUAUGAACUAUUCCUACUUUCGGAGCAAUUCAAGCUUGAAGUACCACCUCUUUUCAGCAGGGGGCAGUAAGCAAAACUUCAGCUGUACAGACAACAAACCACAGGCUAGCUUGACACUAGCAGCAGUUUGCCAACAGCACAAGAUGAGCAUGUGUUCUUGCGUUCAAACACAGCUGGAUUAAGUGCAAUUCUGAAUGCAGGGAUCUCGAGGCGUGUUUUUCUAAGUUUCAAACAACGUUUAACUUGAUUCAGCGACCUAAAAACACUGAUCAUGACACAUAACAACCAAAGUGAGACACUCCAAAAGCAUCUGUAUGGCGCAGGUGUUCAUUGACGCGUCCUUAGAAAAACCCCUAUAAUAAAUCUAUCUCGGACGGAUUGACGAAUUAAAUUGCAAAAUGGAUUGCUGUGGACUGUAGGCCAAUGACAGGCUUAUGUUUCUAAAGUAUAGAAAUAAACAAUAUAUUGACUUUUAAAGCCACUUUUUGUAUCAUGUAAACAACAUUUGUCGCUAUCGGAUUUUGAAGUUUUUCAUGGUUAUGAUGAGUGCUCGUUGCGGCCGUUAUAAGGAGCGUUAAGUAACAGCGGGGGCAAUGUUCUCUCAUGCAUCCAGAGGGGCUGUACUCGCUCCGCUUUUCCGCAGCUCGGACUUCUUUUUCAGUUAAAUCGCAAUGCAAAAUGCAAACAGAUGUGUCCCCGCUCAUGAUAUACAUCCAAUGAAGUACAGAUGCAUUCUUUGUUUAUUAAAAUAAAAUGUUGUAUUAGGGUGGAUUAGAACCUGGAACUCGUACUAGAGGCGAAAACUUUGCCAUGAGACCAAUCAGUCAUAUCGGAGUAAAUGCUCACUGAUCCAUGUAUUUAUCUUCAACAAAAUCCAGUACUGAAGGUGUUAGAUGUGUGGAUCAAGUUAUCAAACACUGAAACUGUCCCCACCACUUUUUAAAAGAAAGUGACGCCCAUGAGUGUAACUAUUCGGGUUUGCUGACAUCAAAUUGCAAAUUUACUUUAUUUUUCUUACCAGUGACAUAGAGAAUCAUUCCUCCGUCUCUGAUGAUAAUGGUGUGCGUGUCUUUGUAGGGUGGGAUUUUGGAAAACAGGAGCGUGUCCAGUCCAGUUCCAGAACGGCUGCCAUUGCUUACAGCACAUCGCUUCCAUCGUCCGCUUUGCAUAGGCGUCCCAGAUGCUCUAUCUGGGUUUUGUGUGGGUCUUGUGUGGGUUUGUUAAUAAUCUAUAAAAAUCAAGCCUUUUAAAUGAAAAUUUAAGCAAAAAAUGUUACCCAUACCAAAACUGACCAAAUUAUAUGAAAUGUUGUGGCUCCACCUGCUGGACAUCAAUAUAUUCACUGCAAAAAAACAUUAAGCAAAGACUUCAAAAUGCCUUUUUUAUUUUUGAAGCAAGAUUCAUUUUUACAAAAUAUACUUUUCUGAUUCCCUCAGGUUUGAAGUUCUUUGAACACUGCAAAUACACUUUUACAUGCAAUAUCUGGAUAUAAGAUGCAGAGGCUAUUUAUGUGUUAAAUGUUUUAGGGAAAUAGAGCCAGUGUAUGUACAUGAGGAAGAGAAAUAAUAAUUUAUCAACUUUAUGCAAUAUGUAAUUUAACAUUUGCCAGAUAAUCCUUCUAAAUAAAGAACAGCCAGUACACGAGAUGUCAAACGCCAUGAUUUCCUGGAAACAUACGGUAGGAAGCUGCAGGAAAUGUCAAUUAUGUAUGAACAAUAUGCAUUACAUUGCUAUGAGACUUUUAACAGACAUAUAGGAAAUUAUCAUCUAGAUGAUUGAAAAUAUAGAUCAUAAACCUGAUAAAAUAGGUGAAUUAGCCGCUAAUCCAUUCAGCCAUGUUGUCCAUGUGUACUGUAAAUCAGUUAUGCUAAAGCGAAGAGCUGAUGAAAUCUAAUUUAAUAUAUCUCUCUCCAAACUUUUCAUGUCAAAGGAACAACUUCUGAGUAAAAAGUUUUGGGUCAAAAGUCCAAUUACACAAAUGUGUGUUUUCAUUAUUAAUGUCAACAACGUGUGUUUAAUAAACUGUAGGCCCCUAUCUUUUUUCCCCUGGGCAAUAAUAGUGGAAAUGUUCCAUAUCUUUUUGUAAUCAAGACUUUCUUUGUGCCUAUGCAGAAAUUGACUUUCAAAAAUGAAUUUACCCUAAAAAAAAUAUACUAGCCCCGGUCUCCCCUGUUCUUCAAACUGAGAAGAUUUGAUGUUACCAGAUGCUAAAUUGUUAUUUAAGGAACCAUAAGAUGUUUUAACCCUUGAAUAAAGUUGAACACAAUCAAAAGUGA